AUGAAACAUAUAAAAAUAACACUUUCAAAACAUCCAAAAGUUAGAAAUGUUAUUGAUCCAAAAACUGUAAUAUGUAUAUGUGGUAAAAAAGUUCACCUUGAUAGAAACUAUGAUUCAGAUCUUCUUAAUCGUUACAUUAAAAAAAAAAUAUGUAAAAGUAAUGAUGGAAACUCUCAAAUUACACAAUUUUUUUCAGAACAAAAUUCAGAAGCUUCAAAAAAAAGAAUACUUUGUAUUAGAUUAAAUGAUGAAAAAGUUAAAGUAUAUCUCUAUUGUAUUGGUUUUGUGAUCACAUUUGGUGAUGUACCACUUCCAGAAGUUUUUGUUAUUUCUUCUUCUCCAAAUACUCUAAACUGGACUCAUAUUGAAAGUGAUCAUAAUGAAGCUGAUUCAGAUAUAGAAGGAAAUCCCAAAAGUCAAGGUAUGCAUAGUUUAGAUGAAGUAGAGUCCUUAACUACUGAAAUGGUUUAA